GUUCCAAAGACAGUCCGCGCACGUCGCCUUCACUUCAUUGAAAAGCUCAUUGAAACCGCCUAAUUUCUUAUCUUCCACAACAUUCUGUAACUCGCUUCCAAGCUCAUAAUCAAUGGCUUCUUCUAUUUCUUUCUCUGCUACUUAUAUGUCUGCAGCUUUUCAGGCUUUUGCACAAUCUGAAAGACACGCAACUUCUUCUUCUUCAUGGCCUAUCUUGGCGUCAUCUUCACUUGGGUCCACUAAAUCUGCCUUUUUGCAACAUGGGUUCUCUCUGCAAUCCGUAACUCUUCCUGGGUUUUUCAUUAAAGCUCGUUCCUUCGGUGUUUUUGCCAGAGCUGCUACGGAGAAGACUUUACAUGACUUCACCGUUAAGGAUAUUGAUGGGAAGGAAGUUCCUCUAAACAAAUUUAAAGGGAAAGUGCUUUUGAUUGUGAAUGUUGCUUCAAGAUGUGGCUUGACUACUGCAAAUUAUUCGGAACUUUCUCAUCUGUAUGAGAAGUACAAGACUCAAGGAUUUGAGAUUCUAGCUUUUCCGUGCAAUCAAUUCGGUGGGCAAGAGCCUGGAUCAAAUCCCGAGAUCAAGCAAUUCGCGUGUACCAGAUUUAAGGCAGAAUUUCCCAUAUUUGACAAGGUUGAUGUCAAUGGACCAAACACAGCUCCAGUUUAUCAGUUUUUGAAGUCAAGUGCUGGAGGAUUUUUAGGCGAUUUGAUAAAGUGGAACUUUGAGAAGUUCUUGGUUGACAAAAAUGGUAAAGUGGUAGAGAGAUAUCCACCUACAACAUCACCUUUCCAAAUUGAGAAGGACAUUCAGAAGCUCCUUGGGGCAUGAGUUUCGAUCUGCUCAGAGUGUUGCCAUUUUAAUCGAGAAGAAUAAGUGAACAUAUGUAACUUUGUCAGUGCGGCAUCCCAAUUCCUACAAAUGUGUCUGUAACAUUGUAGGUUUUAUGACUUCCGAAUUUAAUAUUUAGUUAUUUUUUCUUUUUCACUGAUUUGUUCCUAAAUUGCUGAUCUCAAUCUUUCCCACGAUAAAAGAGGGGGAGAUGGAUUCACCUCUCUUUGCUUUAAAGCAUUUUUCAUGAGCA